AUGCUGCAGCCCUCAUCCGCACCUACGGGACCACUCAGCUGCAAGGACAGCUGCAUGGUGCGCCUUGUGGACGAUUUCCUCGUCAUUUCGGCCUCCAGGAGCAAGGCGGAAGGUGUUUUGAGAUGCCUGCAGAGCGGGAUCCCGGGGAGGAAAAUCGACCUCAACAAUGAAAAGACAAAGGCGAACUUCAGGGUGCCGGUUGUGGGUGGUGCGCUGGAACCUAACGUGUACCGCGACGGCGCCAGUUGUUUUGUGCCAUGGUGUGGCUUGCUCAUAAACACAGAAAGUCUGGAGAUUCAGGCGGACUACAGGCGCCAUCUGAAGGGUCACGUGAGAUCUUCACUGAACGUUACGCUGUCGAAGCGGCCGGUUCGGCAGCUCAAGCUGAAGCUGUGUCUCUACCUGCGGCCCAAGUGCCAUCCCCUCCUUUUCGACCCGGCGGUCAAUGGGCCGGCCACUAUUAGGCUGAACAUCUACCAGGCCUUCCUCCUCUGUGCGGUGAAGCUCCACUGCAGCGUGUCAGCAAUCUCCUGGUCGCGAAGGCCAAGGCAGAGCGUCCUGCUGUCGGCCAUCCAAUCUGCCAUAUCGUACAUGGGGCGAUUGCUGCGUAGCCGCAUGGCCACGGCGCAGAAGUCGACGGGCGGCGGAUGUGGAAACACGGUGUCGCGGUGCCACGUCACGUGGCUGGGGCUCACGGGGUUCUGUUUCAUCUUGAGAAGGAAGCAAUCUGCCUACAAGGACGUCUUGGGUUGGAUGGAGCAGGAAAGGAGACGGGAGGUGUACCGCCACUUGUGGCGGCACCUUCGCGAUGUGGUUGAUGAGAGGAAGUCUCUUGUUUUCUGCAACAUGAUAUACUGA